UAACCAAACACUCCCUUAAUCAAAAUUUUCGUACCGAUUCAGCGGCGGCGUGUGUCUCUCUCUCUUAACUUGCGAAUUCGGGCAGCAGAAGUAUCAAUGGCAGCUCGACAGAUUCAACGGCGCCUUCUCUCUCUCCUCGCAGCCAGUCAGCCUCAGUUUCAGACCCCCGCCCGUCGCUUCAGAGAAUCGUCCUGGCCUUUUCUUUCCUCGACAAGUUCAUUUUUAAGCAGGGAUGACAUUCACAGCAGAAGUCUAGGAACACUUGCAGAAGCCAGUAAACAGGAUGGUGAAACUGGGGAAGAACUUGAAAGUUGCGGUGUAUCUGCUAACUCUGCCCCUAGUCCAAUCAACAGCAAUACCAUGAUAAAGCAGAUGACAUCAAAUUUGAAGAUCUCUCCAAGACACGACCUUCUUAUGUUCUUUACAUGCAAGAGGUGCGAAACCCGGUCCAUGAAGUCAGUUUGUCGUGAGUCAUAUUACAAAGGGGUCGUGGUGGCUAGAUGUGAUGGGUGCAAUAAUUUGCACCUCAUUGCUGAUCGGUUGGGGUGGUUCGGAGAACCUAGUAGUGUGGAGGACUUUCUGGCUGCUCGUGGGGAGGAAGUGAAAAAAGGUUCUCCAGAAACUUUAGGUUUAACACUUGAAGAUCUGGCUGGAAAGAAUAAUCUUGAGAAGUGUUUAGAGAAAGAAGAUUGAGAAUUCAGGGUGUGAGAAAUGGGCAGAAUGUUACAUAGGCCCUUGUGGUGAAGUUACACUAGAAAGUUGUUUCCCCCAUUCUGCACUUCAUCUGGUAUUGGGAAGCUAUUCAUUGUGGGAAAUUGACAAUUGAUAGAUGUUGUGGUUA